ACUGAUAGGUGACACUGAAAGGCAGCUCAGAUGGGCACUGAUAUAUGGCAUUGAUGUGCACUGGCAGGCACUGAUAUGUGGCAUUGAUGAGGCACUGAUAGGUGGCAUUGAUGAGCACUGACAGCUGGCACUGAUGGACAAUGACAGGUGGCACCGCUGGGGCUACACUGAUCAUCAAGGCACACUGAUCAUAAUGUCCCCUCUGAGGAAUGCUGGAGCUGUCAGCGUGACAGCUCGUGAGGAGAGAAAUGCUGAAAACUUGCAUUUCCCUAUUUACAUGCGAUCAGCUGUGAUUGGACACAGCUGAUCACAUGACCGAGCCGACAUCUUCGAC